ACCAACCGCACCAGCCUCACCACUCACUCGUCUUCACUCUUCACCCGCUCCAGCAAUGACGUCACCCCGUUCCCCUUACCUCCUCCUUGCCACCGCCUUUUUCCUGUCGUUUCACCUCUCCUAUGUCGUCCACUCCGCCUCCGACUUCCAAGCACUAAUGUCGUUCAAAGCCUCCUCCGACCCUUCCAACAAACUCCUCUCUCAAUGGAACUCCACGUCCUCCAACCCCUGCACCUGGCACGGCGUCUCCUGCAGCCUCCACAACAACAACCACCACCACCGCCGCCGCGUCUCCGGCCUCGUCCUCGAAGACCUCAACCUCACCGGCUCCAUCCUCCCCCUCACCUUCCUCACCGAGCUCCGCAUCCUCAGCCUUAAACGCAACCGUUUCGACGGUCCCAUUCCCUCCCUCUCCAACCUCACCGCUCUCAAGCUCCUCUUCCUCUCCCACAACAAAUUCUCCGGCAAGUUUCCCGCCACCGUCACUUCCCUCCCCCACCUCUACCGCCUUGACCUCUCCUACAACAACCUCUCCGGUCAGAUUCCGGCAACUCUCAACAACUUAACCCACCUCCUCACCCUCCGCAUUAAUACCAACAACCUCCGUGGCCGCAUUCCCAACAUCAACAACCUUUCUCAUCUUCAAGACUUCAACGUCUCCGGUAACCGCCUCUCCGGUAAAAUACCGGAUUCGCUUUCAGGUUUCCCCGGAUCCGCGUUUUCUAACAACCUUUUCCUCUGCGGAGUUCCGUUACUAAAAUGCAGAGGCGGCGAGACAAAAGCCAUACCCGCUCUCGCUUCCCCGUUGAAGCCUCCAAACGACACAGAUUUGCAUCAUAAGAGUAAAACUCACGUGGCAGCGCCCAGAAUGGGGGUGAUGGUUUUGGUUAUAAUUGUUCUCGGCGACGUGUUGGUUCUUGCUUUGGUGUCUCUGAUCCUCUACUGCUAUUUCUGGCGGAACUAUUCUGUUUCGUUAAAAGAAGUAAAAGUAGAGACCCAUUCGAAGUCGAAGGCAGUGUAUAAGAGGAAGGUAAACAGUGAGGGGAUGGUGUUUUUGGAAGGGGUGAGGAGGUUUGAGUUGGAGGAGCUGCUGUGUGCGUCUGCGGAGAUGUUGGGGAAGGGCGUGUUUGGCACGGCGUAUAAAGCUGUGCUCGAUGAUGGGAACGUUGUAGCGGUGAAGAGGCUGAAAGAAGUGAGUGUUGGAGGGAAGAGGGAGCUUCAGCAGCGGAUGGAAGUGCUUGGAAGGUUGAGACACUGCAAUGUUGUUCCUUUGAGGGCUUACUAUUUCGCUAAAGAUGAGAAGCUGCUCGUGUCCGAUUACAUGCCCAAUGGUAACUUGUCCUGGCUCCUCCACGGUAAUCGAGGACCGGGACGGACCCCACUGGAUUGGACCACGCGGCUGAAGCUCGCAGCUGGAGUGGCACGAGGCAUAGCCUUCAUUCACAACAGUGAUAAUAAACUCACCCACGGUAACAUCAAAUCCACGAACGUCCUCGUCGACGUGGCGGGCAAGGCGCGCGUGUCGGAUUUCGGGCUCUCCUCCAUCUUCGCGGGCCCCACGAGUUCUCGAUCCAACGGCUACCGCGCGCCGGAGGCAUCAUCGGACGGCCGGAAGCAGACCCAGCUGUCCGACGUGUAUUCCUUCGGCGUCCUCCUGAUGGAGAUUCUGACGGGGAAAUGCCCCUCCUUCGAGGUGGACGGCGGCUGCGCCACGGCGGUGGAGCUUCCCCGGUGGGUCCGGUCGGUGGUGAGGGAGGAGUGGACGGCGGAGGUGUUCGAUCUCGAGCUUAUGAGGUACAAGGACAUUGAGGAGGAGAUGGUGGCGCUGCUGCAAAUUGCUAUGGCGUGCACUGCGACCGUGCCUGAUCAACGGCCCAGGAUGAGCCACGUAUCGAAAAUGAUCGAGGAGUUGAGUGGGGUCCACGUGUCACAGUCUCAUGACGCGUUGGACUCAGUUUCGGAGUCACCUUCCGCGCCUGAAGAUGCUUGUACAGGACGAGAUGGUCCGGCUAGUGCUAGUCAAUGAACUUGGACCUAACUAGGGUAGUGUCUGUAAAUUAAAUUAUCAUUGGGUGUUGAAUUUGUUUUUUCAAUUUUUUCUGAAACUUUUAUUUGUACUUCAUAUAUAUAUAUAUAUAUAUGAUAUGAUUCAAUAUAAGCUAAGUUUUAUGUUAGGGGAUUAUUAUUAUUAUUA